AUGUAUAAUGUCCGGGGAAGUCUCUUCUUAUUACGGAGAUUCCGAAGCUUGCAUACAAUUUCCCAUGAUACACCAAGUGAAACCCUAAAGAGAAAGGUUGCUGAUCUUGAGAAAAAGAGGAAGGCAAGAAAUCCGAAGAAAACUGAGGUUUUUGUUGAAGUUCCAGAGUCCAUGUCGUUUUACGAUACAGCUACCAUGCCAAUGAUGCUUACUGCUGUUGGGGUUGCACUUUUUGCCAAACUUCUUAUGAUGUAUGAUGAGUCAAGAUCUCAAGAAUUGAUUGAGCGCAAGAUAAGGAAUGCUCCUCCUGAACAAGGGACGGUUAGGAUGCUCACCCGUGAAGAGUGGGAGGAAAUUCGAGAAGUGAGGCCCAGGACACCUUUUGAAUCAAAGCUUGCUCGACCUAAUGCACGAAUAAGGACAGGAGGUGCUGUUAGAAAGGGCCUCUCUAAGUUAAGGAUUCAGCUAGAUUGCCAGGAGGAUGUGAAGGAUUGGGGAAUCGAUGUCCUUAUGGACGCUGUUACACGAGUGGAAGAAAGUGUCAAACAUAAUUAG